UUGUGAAUUAGAAUUGUCAUUGCAUAGCAUUUUUGUGCCUCUUCUCCCAAAUAAAUCCUUUUUUGAUAAAAUUAAAGAUGUUCCUGACACGAUCGGAAUAUGAUAGGGGUGUCAACACAUUCUCCCCCGAGGGGCGCCUCUACCAAGUAGAGUAUGCAAUUGAGGCGAUUAAACUCGGCUCCACGGCAAUUGGAAUCUGCACGAAGGAAGGUGUUGUUAUUGCCGUGGAGAAGAGGAUUACGUCCACCCUGAUGGAGCCAACGGCUGUGGAGAAGAUUGUGGAGGUGGAUAAGCACAUUGGGUGUGCAACAUCGGGCUUGAUUGCCGAUUCCCGGACACUGCUGGAUCGUGCACGGGUUGAGUGUCAGAAUCACUGGUUUGUCUACAAUGAGCGAAUGCCGGUGGAAUCGUGCGUGCAGGCUGUGUCCAAUUUGGCCAUUCAGUUUGGGGACAGCGAUGCCGGGGGGCUGGCCAUGAGUCGACCUUUUGGUGUUGCUCUGCUCUUUGCUGGGAUUGAGAAUGGGGUGCCGCAGCUAUGGCACAUGGAUCCCUCGGGAACGUACAUUCAAUUUGAUGCGAAAGCCAUUGGAUCAGGGAGUGAAGGAGCUCAGCAAAACUUGGAGAGUAACUACACGCCGCUAAUGUCCCUGAAUGAGGCCAUUAAUUUGGCCCUAAUUACCUUGAAGCAGGUCAUGGAGGAGAAGCUCAAUUCGACAAAUGUGGAAGUGAUGACCAUUACACCGAAUGAUCUCUUUCAGAUGUGCAACAAGGAGACCGUUGAGGCGGCAAUUGAGACUAUCAAGUAAUUUUUAUCUCAUCUCUUAUCCAAUUUUUUUUGAAAUAAAGAAAGAAAAUCCAUGCUGAACAUA